AUGGCACCCCUCCGCCAUCGACAGAGUCUCUCAAAGGAGAAGUUCUCCGGAUAUUUUGGCUCUUUAAAGACCCAAACUUAUAACGACCCUGGUACAAGAGGCUCUGGCUCUCAUAGUUUAAGGACAAUCUCAUGGAACCCUCUGGGCUCGCUGAUCGCAACUGGGGCUGCAGAUAAAACACUGAGGGUAUGGAAUCCCGAGAGACCUUCAGUGAACUACUCUACUCAACUUGUCGGCCAUACUGCUGGAAUCGAAAAGGUGGCAUUCAAUCCUGUAAAAGAUGCUGAACUUGCCAGUGUAAGCAGCGAUGGUGUUGUUAAAUUUUGGGACGUCAGAACUAAAGCUGUGAUCAACGAAGUCAAAGGAUUGGGCGACGCAUUCACAUUAGUCUGGCACCCGAACGGCGAGAGUCUGAUUGUUGGUAACAAGUCUGAUAAUAUCUACAUACUUUCCCCAACACAAUCAACCCCUCUUGCUUCACACCAGCAGCCAGUGCAAACAAACCAAAUUGCUUUCUGCUGGAGCGGUGACAAAAUAUUUCUUACAACAGGAGAGGGUCGUAUAAAGAUUUUAUCCUAUCCUGACUUCAAACCUAUCUUUAACAUGAGUUUCGAGGCUUCACAGCCCUUCACUUUGAAUGGGCAUACAUCCUCGUGUCUUUCCGUGGAGAUGCAGCCAACAGCUAGGUUCUUGGCCAGUGGAGGUUCGGAUUCCAUCAUUGCACUAUGGGAUACAACUGAUUGGAUAUGCCAACGUACUUUGAUUGAUAUGGUGGGCCCUAUCAGAAGCAUAAGUUUCAGCUUUGAUGGAAGCUAUAUUGUCGGGGGUAGCGAUGAAGGCACAGGAUUGGAAAUUGCUCAUACGGAGACUGGAGAGCAUGUGUACACCGUCAAAGGCAGCCCUUGUCCUGUUGUGGCCUGGCAUCCCAACAAAUAUACUCUAGCAUAUGUGGAAAACGGUGGCUUGAAGAUCGUUGGAGUCGACUUAGAAAGAAAGUAA